AUGGAACAUGUUGGUGUAACUAAGAAAGGGAACAAAGUGCAUUUGCAAUUUGUUGAAGGACAGGAUGAUUCAUUAUUGGAGCUAGAAGAGUUUUCUACCAAAUUAUGUUUAGAAAAGAAAGCCUUUUACUGUUGGAUUGGAAGUGAGACCACAGAUCUUAGAGAAUUAGAAGCAUUAAUGAAUAAAGCAUUAGCUUUAAGAGAGUUGGGCUAUGUUCAUUUAGCAAGGCAGGUUACAUUGGAAAGAGCCUAUGUCGUGAGAGUAGCUGAUGAUGAUGUUGUUAAAGAGCAAACGAGAGAGUGUCUGGUUGGCAGCAUAACAAUUUACGAGGACCAAGAGGCUGAAG